UCCAAAAUAAUACCAAGCCUAAACCUUAACUAAACAUAUUCCUGUUUAAUGUUUAUUUGUAUUUAUUUUUAGGAUAAAUAAUAAAAUUUAGGAACUCAAUAAUAUUUCAAGAUUAAUCUGCUGCUAUGGCUACAUCUACUACCACACCAACAGACCACUCAGUACUGGAAGAUCAAAUUAGAGGAUUAAUAUAUGGACAAGCCAUCGGUGAUGCGAUUGGUUUGUUGAGUGAAUUUAUGAUCAAGGAAGAAGCGCAAAGGUAUUAUGGAGAUAAAGGAGAAUUAGAAUUCCAUAUAAAAGUUCCAGACAUGCACAGAUCACGGUGGAAGACUGGUGAUUGGACAGAUGACACUGAUCAAAUGAUCCUAAUAAUGUUGUCCAUACUUGAUCAGGAUGGAAAGGUUUCUCCUACUGACUUUGGUGCAAAUUUAAAAAAAUGGUCAAAAGAAGGAUUUCCUGAACUUGGUGAUUUUGGAGGCAUGGGAAUAGGUUCGACAACUUUACAUGUGUUACGUCACGAAAAGUACGACACAAAUCCACACGAUGCUGCGUUUGAUAUAUGGGAAAGUUCAGGUCGGUUCGUCGCACCUAACGGUGCCAUUAUGAGAACUUCCAUAUUAGGAGCUUAUCAAUACCAAUCCCUAGACAGAGUCCAACAACAUGCUUUGGAUAUAUGUAAAGUUACUCAUGCCGACCCAAGAUGUCAAGCAUCAGUGGUUGCUAUGACAACGGCAAUUUCCCUAAUGUUAAACGGUUCAUAUUCUAAAAAUGACGGCCAAGAUGUUGCGAUGAUAACAAAAGAAGCGUAUAAAACUGCGAAAGAAAUCUUACCUAAAAAGUCGUCGCACAAAGAGCUGAAAAAACACAUGUUCCCUUCAAAGUUAUCCGCGCUCAAGCUUGGUGAGCAUAAGAAAAUUGGAUACACAUAUAAAUGUCUUGGCUCCGGUUUUUGGGCCCUACAGCAAAGUGAUUUCCGAACUGCUCUUGAGAAAAUAGUCAUGGAGGCUGGAGACGCAGACACAAAUGGUGCAGUUGCUGGUGCUUUGUUAGGAUGCAAGCUCGGUGCAAAGAAGCUACCUUCUUCGUGGGUGGAUGGACUACUACAUAAAGAAUGGUUGGAUAAAAUUAUUGACAGGUUUCUUCCUCUUAUUAUUCCGAGCUAUACACGUCAAUUUCCGGACGAGGCGACAACUAAUGACGACGUCGAAGUCCUGAUUGACGGCAAAGUGGAAGAAGCAGAUGCUAUAAGUUAACCAGAAUCAGUUGUUUGUUUUCUUUCAGAAUUUUUAUGUAAAAAUGUACUAUUGCCGCUUCGUAAGUGACAAAAGAGGAAAUGCACAUUGUAUUUGUAUAGAAUUAUUUAAUAUAUAUAUAUUUUUAUUCAGAAUACGCAGCCAGCUUUGCACGCUGCUGGUGAUAGACAAAGUAACUCUAUUUCUAUAUAUAAAAUCUUCCUC